AAGAAAAAAGAAUACAGCGAAAACGUUUAUAAAAUUUCUAAAGUUGACAAAAGUAGCAACAAAUCGUUAAAAUGGGUUCCUCGUCUGGGAAAAAACAUAAGAAGGAGAAGAAACACAGCCAUCGCUCACGCUCACGCGAACGACAACAACGUGGAACGGAUGAUGAUGUUACUCUGGAUCUCACAGACGACUCGACGUCGACGCGCCACAGACACCACAAGCACAAGAAACACAAGGAGCACCGACACAAGCACCACAAGCAAAAGGAGCGUGAGCGACCUAGCGAGGUUAUAUCCCUGGAGGAGUCGGAUUCUGAUAGUUCCGACUGUGUGGAGGUGCCAAUCGAACAAGUUGCAAAGGCAAGGGUACGUGAAUCGUCAGCUAAGGAACGAGAUGUGCCAACUCGAGAAAGGGAAAUAGAAUUGGUACGAGAACGUGAUACAUCAGCUCGCGAGGCACCUAUUCGCAAGCGGGAACCAUCUGCUCGAGAGCGCGAACAAGCCACUCGAGAACGGGACACACAUGUCCGAGAUCGCGAACCGCCAGCUCGGGAGCGUGAGCUAUCGACACGAGAUCGAGAUCAUGAAAUAACAGCUCCACCACCGCCACAAAUAUCCAAGCAUUUGGACUAUGAGCGCGAGCGUCGACGAGAGCGUGAAAUAGAACGUGAGCGCGAAUCACGUAAGAGAGCAGUAAAAGAGCGCGAGCGGGGGCGUGGAAACUCUCGAUCACAAUCACCAAUAGCCCCACAUCAAGCGCAUCGGCAACGUUCACAUUCGCCCAAAGGAGAGACGAGCGCUGGUCGUAAACGUGGCAACAGGGAACGAGAAUCCGGACGUGAACGAGAACGUGUGCGCUCACGUAGUCAUUCGCCUAUUCCAGAAAAUGGAGCCGGGGAUGUUCUUUCGAUUGCAGAGACAAACAAGUUGCGUGCUAAGCUCGGCUUGAAGCCACUUGAAGUGGAUACGGGGUCUACCAAGCCAGCGUCUGCUAGCGGUGAUAGUCAACAGGAUAGCAAAAGAACUGGCGCCGAUAAGGAUCUCUCUUCAUACAAGGACGAAUGGGGCGAAUUCCUGCACAAGCCUGCCGAUAAUAUCAAAGAGAAAAAGGAGGCCGAAAAGCUGCGAGAAAAACUUAAGCAACGGAAGGAGAAACGUUUCCUUGAAGAGCGAUUGGCACGAAUUCGUACACUUGGCGAAUCAGAUGAGGAAACGGACAAUGUUGCCAAAUGGGUGGACCGCAACAAACGUGUCGUUAAUGAACGCGAGGAGGCAUUGCGUAAGGCCAAAGAGCUGGAGGAACUUGAUGAGGCGUUCGGUGUUGCCGAGAUUAUGGAAGAAGAGAAGAAAAAAGCUCGUCAAUUGGCCUAUAACGAUCGCAAUUUGAAGGGUUUGCGUGUUGAGCAUGAUAUGGAUGACUUUGGUGAAGGCCGAACCGUAAUAUUAACUCUCAAGGAUCAGGACGUUCUCAAUGAGGAGGAAGGUGACACUUUGGUCAAUGUCAACAUGCUUGACGAUGAACGAUACAAAAAGAAUGUAUCCAACAAAAAGCUUAACCCCCUUAGUUACGGCUAUAAUGUAUAUGAAGAGCAAUAUGAUGAGCUAGGUAAUCCAAUUGAACGAGCAAUCCUCGAGAAAUACGAUGAGGACAUCGAGGGGAAGCCCCAGAAGAGGAAGAACUUCGUGAUUGGAGAGAACGUUGAGGAGGAACGUGAGCACAGACGCAAGCUAUUGGAGAUCAAGACAAAAUUAGCUGGCAAGCGCUUGGAAACGUUAGAGGACACGCAUUUGAAAUUAGCAUCUGAUACUUUUAGUGUUCAGGAGCUGGCAACAUUUAAGAAGCCAAAGAAGAAAGUUAAGAAAUUGCGGCAAAAACUAAAAGCAGAGGAUUUGGAACCAAUUGAGGAACCAGGCUCUUCAAAUUUGGGCAGUCGUAAUAGAAGUCAUCGUCAUCCCGAUGAAGAUGUUCCCAUGAAAGAUGAGACCAAACCAGAAAUUAAGCUGGAACAUGACGAUGAUGAUUUGGAGCGUGUUCUGUCGAAGGCUCGCAAGCUUAAGCAAAAGGAAAACAUUAUAAAAAAACCUCUGCCCCUCGACGUAGCGUCCCUUACGCACAACGUUAAGCCUGAGCCUGUGGAUGAGACUAGUGGCUCCGGUGAAAUUGUGCUUGGCUCUGCCGACAGUAAUAUUGUGCUCAACGCCACCGCGGAGUUUUGCCGAACGUUGGGUGACAUUCCCACCUAUGGCAUGGCUGGUAAUCGUAACGAGGAUUCCAAUGAUAUGAUGGACUUCGACAGGGACGAGGCUUUGGAUGAGCACAUGGAUACGAAUAUGGAUGAGCCCACGUUAAAUCAUGGCACCUGGAAUUCGGUGAAUCCCGAUGAAGUUAUGCAGCCGGCUGAUUUGGAUAAUUUGGGCGACGAUGUCGAAGAGAGGGCCAUAUUAGAUGAAGAGCCUGAUGUGGGUGCUGGUGUGGCAAAUGCGCUGCGCUUGGCACUAUCUAAGGGCUAUUUGGAAAAGGAGGAAAAGAACCGACCAAGUAAUACAAAAAUGGCGCAUCUUCAGGCAAAGAACUACUCCAUUGAAGAUAAAGCAGCUGGCGAGGAUGACAAAAUCGGACGUCGGGAUCGUUUUCAUGCGGGUCCUAUUAUGGAAUUCAAGGAUAAAGAAACUUUCAAACCCAAUGUCAAACUUGAUUAUAUUGAUGACAAUGGUCGAAUCCUGAACCUCAAAGAGGCUUUCCGCUAUUUGUCCCACAAAUUCCAUGGCAAGGGGCCAGGGAAAAAUAAGAUUGAGAAGCGUCUCAAAAAAAUGGAACAAGAUGGCCUAAUGAAGACAAUGAGCUCCACAGACACCCCCUUGUGCACAUUAACUAUGCUGCAGCAGAAGCAAAAGGAAACUAAGACCCCAUAUGUGGUGCUUAGUGGUAGCAACAAAACCACCGCUGGCGUUAGCGGCGCCUCAAUAUCUAAGUUUAAGUAAACUGUUGGUCUAUUCAUUUUCCAACAAUGAUUACAACCAAAUGCAAUAGUAACUUCCAAAUCACAACCUAAAUGCUUAUUGUAGUUGAUACACACAUAAGUUAGAAUUCAGAACCAUGCAACAAAGUCUCUUAAAAUCCCAACUUGCUCCACAUUCAAUAA